CAUAAUAGUUACACACGUUGAACAUUGUGGUCAGAGACGCCAUUUUUGCCUCUCUUUUGCAAGUAGAGUCUUAUAAAAGCAAACCAACGUUCCAAUCUUUCUCCCUAACACUGCGAUUGCUCACCAAAUACUAAAUUUCUCAUUAACCUGAAAGUCGAUCGGCCAAGUUUGAAAGCACUCGACAAAUUUUUUCAAAGAUUGUUAUUGUGGGGUGGUCGUGUUCUUCAUAUCAUGGGAUGGAUGUCACAUGGUUUGGCUUUUGCUCUCGUUGCCGUGUUCUUCUGUCACUUCAGUUGCUUCGUUAGCUUUUCUCAAGCUCAAUCUGCAAACGCCACCACUGACCCUUCUGAAGCAAGAGUUUUAAAUUCAAUCUUCAGUACAUGGGGUAUCUCUGCACUCACAAAUGUGUGGAAUAUAAGCGGUGAACUGUGCAGUGGAAAUGCCAUUGAUAGUACUUCCACCCCUGAAAGUUACAAUCCAUUCAUCAGAUGUGACUGUUCAUUUGACAAUCGAACUACUUGCCACAUCACAGCAUUGAGGGUCUAUGCACUGAACGUGUUUGGUGAAAUUCCGGAAGAACUAUGGACUCUCACCUAUCUCACCAAUUUAAAUAUUGGGCAAAAUUACUUGACGGGUUCUCUGCCUCCAGCUAUUGGAAAUCUAACUCGUAUGCAGUACUUGAGCCUUGGAAUCAAUAAUUUAUCAGGGGAGCUUCCAAAGGAAUUGGGAAAUCUUACAGAGUUAAUAAUACUGAGUAUUUCGUCAAACAAUUUCUCAGGAUCUCUCCCAUCCGAACUUGGGAAACUCACAAAGUUAGAACAACUCUACAUUGAUAGUUCUGGAAAUAGUGGUCCAAUUCCAUCCUCAUUUGCAGACCUUACGAGUUUGGCAACAGUAUGGGCUUCAGACGUGGAACUCACAGGCAAUAUACCAAACUUCAUAGGGAAUUGGACUAGGCUUCAAGUCUUGAGGCUUCAAGGCAAUUCUUUUAAUGGCUCAAUACCCUCGUCACUUUCCAACUUGACUUCUUUAACAGAAUUGAGAAUAAGUGGUUUAUCUAAUGGGAGCUCCUCACUGGAAUUUCUACAGAAUAUGAAAUCUUUGACUACCUUAGAAUUGAGGAAUAACAAUAUUUCUGGUUCAAUUCCGUCCUUCAUUGGAGAGUUUCACAAUUUGACCCAACUGGAUUUAAGUUUCAAUAGCAUCGAAGGACAAAUUCCGGGUUCAAUUUUCAAUUUGAGCUCGCUCAAUACCUUGUUUCUUGGAAAUAAUAAACUAAAUGGCACCCUUCCAACACAGAAACGUUCAUCACUUCAGAAUAUAGACUUGUCAUACAAUGAUCUAUCAGGAAGCCUCCCCUCUUGGGUAAACGAAGCAAAUUUACAACUGAAUUUAGUUGCUAACAACUUGUCGAUAGAUGAUGGUUCAGAUUCCAGUGGCUUGCCAUUUGGGCUCAACUGUCUCCAGAAAAACUUUCCUUGCAAUCGAGGUGUUGGAAGAUAUUCUGACUUUGCUAUCAAGUGUGGCGGACCCCAAAUUACGUCCACAGAAGGAAUCACAUAUGAAAGGGAGAAUGAGACACUUGGUUCUGCUACAUACUUUGUUACUGAUACAAGUAGAUGGGCUGUUAGUAAUGUUGGAUUGUUUACGGGCAAUAGUAAUCCAGAAUACACAAAAUUUGUGUCUAAUCAAUUCACUAACACUAUGAAUACGGAGCUCUUCCAAACAGCACGGGUCUCUCCUUCAUCAUUAAGAUAUUAUGGCUUGGGGCUGGAAAAUGGCUUUUACAACAUCACCCUUCAAUUUGCAGAAACAGCUAUUCUGGAUUCUGCUGGAAGAUGGGAAAGUCUUGGGAGACGAGUCUUUGAUAUAUAUAUCCAGGGGAAUCUUGUUUUGAAAGAUUUCGACAUAAAAAAGGAAGCUGGGGGCAUCUCAUUCAGAGCUGUCCAAAGGCAAUUUAGGUUUGAAGUGACUGAAAACUAUAUUGACAUCCAUCUCUUUUGGGCUGGAAAGGGGACUUGUUGCAUACCAGCUCAAGGUACUUAUGGGCCCUUGAUUCAAGCCAUCCAUGCUAUCCCAGAUUUUAUACCUACUGUCAGUAACGAACCUCCAAGCAAUUCAAAUAAUAGAACCGGCCUUAUUGUUGGAAUUGUUGUUGGAAUUGGAGUUGUAAGCUUCCUAUCAGUUUUUGUGAUUUUCUGUAUCAUUCGGAGAAGAAAACGUCAGCAUGAAGAUGAAGAGCUUUUAGGAAUUGAUACAAAGCCAUACACUUUCAGUUAUUCUGAGUUGAAGAAUGCUACAAAUGACUUUAAUGUCGAAAAUAAGCUUGGAGAGGGAGGUUUUGGACCUGUUUAUAAGGGGACACUUAAUGAUGGAAGAGUUAUUGCUGUGAAACAACUGUCAGUAGCCUCUCAUCAAGGAAAGAGCCAGUUCAUAACUGAGAUUGCUACUAUAUCGGCUGUACAACAUCGUAAUCUGGUUAAACUAUAUGGAUGUUGCAUUGAGGGAAAUAAGAAACUUCUUGUGUACGAGUACCUAGAGAACAAGAGUCUUGAUCAAGGAUUAUUUGGAAAUUCUUUAACCCUCAAUUGGUCCACACGCUAUGAUAUUUGCACGGGUAUUGCCAGAGGUUUAGCAUAUUUACACGAAGAGUCUCGUCUCCGUAUUGUACACCGUGAUGUGAAGGCUAGUAAUAUUUUGCUUGACUACGAGCUUGUACCCAAAAUAUCUGAUUUUGGAUUGGCCAAAUUGUACGAUGAUAAAAAGACCCACAUAAGCACCCGUGUGGCUGGAACAAUUGGAUAUCUUGCACCGGAGUAUGCCAUGCGUGGACACCUUACAGAGAAAGCAGAUAUAUUUUCAUUUGGUGUUGUUGCUCUUGAGUUAGUAAGUGGGAGACCAAAUGCUGAUUCAAGUUUGGAAGGAGACAAGGUCUAUCUUCUUGAAUGGGCUUGGCAGCUUCAUGAAAGCAACCUCAUAAUGGAUCUGGUGGACCCUAGACUUUCAGAAUUCAAUGAGGAAGAAGUAAAACGUAUUGUGGGAAUAGCACUUCUGUGCACUCAGACAUCACCAUCAUUAAGGCCAUCGAUGUCACGAGUGGUGGCAAUGCUUUCAGGAGAUAUUGAAGUGAACACUGUUACUUCAAAGCCUGGAUACCUUAGUGACUGGAAAUUUGAUGAUGUUAGCAGCUUCAUGACUGAAAACGCGGUCAAAGGAUUCAAUACAAGUUACCAGUCGUCGGGAAGUACCAGCAUGGUGGGUGGUGCAGACUAUUCACCCGUAAGUGUUUCUAAACCGAUCCUUAAGGAUGCUCUUAAUGAGGGUAGGUAAGAAUUGGUGUACUGUUCAGAUCAUGUGUAGAACAAUGAUCAUUUUACUGUGAUCCAAAAAUUGUUUUCUUCUUCUUUGUUUUGCA